AUGACUAAACGAAAUAUUGAAGAAAUUCGUCGUAAAAAUCUUGAAGAGAAUCAACGUUUUCUUAAUGAACUACGUAUAAAUAAUGUUCGAAAUGAUCUUAUCCAAUCAGCUCGUUUAGUUACUGGUAAAGAUGAAACUAAAAAAGAAUAUCAUAAGAUUCAUUAUGAAAAAGUUGAACGUACUACACGAUAUAGUUUAAAAGUAAAAUCAGGUGAAAUCCAACCAUCUACUGUUAUACCUCAAGGGCAAUACAAAAUUAAUAAAAAAAGGAAACAAAAUCCUUCAAAAUGGACUUUAUUUUACAAGAAUAUUGCAAAUCCUUAUGAACGUGUAUAUAAGCCACGAGCUCGAAACUAG